AUGUUGCAGUUGAACGAGUCGUCGUCGUCGUGCGUGAAUAGCAACAGUGCCUUAAUGGGCUUACCCAAUGAGUUACUCCUGUACAUUCUGAAAGAGUUUCUUGAUUUGGGUGACUUAUGGCGAUUGUUACAGGUGUCGCGAGCGUUCCGUUACUUUGCUGUGCACACUAUUCAUCGUCGUUGGAAGAUUGAAUUGUCACCAGAGACGACCAUGAAGAUUCAAUGUCGAGCUGCCCUUAUUGCGUUGGAAGGUCUAUCUUGUCAGCUGUCUACAACCCAGACCAAAGUCUCCACUCCAACAACUUCCUUUGCAUAUUCAUCCAACCCCGCUGCAGCCUCUUCUUCUUUCUCCGCAUCCGCCAUGAUGGAUCUCUUGGAAGAUGAAGACGAUGAUGAUGAUGAUGACCCCAUUGAUCAAGGUACGACUACUACUACUACUACAACAACAACAACCAUGAUGUAUCCACAAGAGGACGAGGAUGAGGAUCAAGUCAUGGCAGAUGAGACUGGUUUCAUACAUCAUCAUCAUCAUCAUCAUCACCAUAGCAACAACAACAGCAGCAGCAACCAUCAUCAUCACCGCCAUCAUCAUCAACAUCAACAUGCAGCAGCAACAGCAGCAGCAACAUUGAAUCCACAACGUCUAUUACUAUUGGAUGACGAUGACGAUGAUCAUCACGUGUUUGAUACGAGAAUCAAUAUACAUCAACGACGAGAACAACGACGAGGUGACAUGAUGGAGGAAGAGUCAAGUCAUCAUGAGGAAGAGGAAGAGGAGGAAGAGGAGGAUAAGCAUUUCCAACAAUUGAUGCGACGUGAGGAACGAUUACAUCAACGCAUCAUUGCAGGCAUUUCAUCCUACAAGCACAAGUAUGUUCUUAUUGAAGACAUUGAUAUUCGCAAUCGUAUUCGUUCAGCAGUGGAUGUCGUCUUUCAUCAUGCUGUGUUUGUUGCUGCCGUGUCGCGUGCACCUGUACGUUUAGCUUGUACUCAUGCAAGUUCCACCAACCGUGCUCAAGCUGCCAUGAUGGUGCGUUUACUCACUCGCCUCGAUGCGGCAUUCCCAGCUUGUUGUCGUGAAAUCACCUUUACGCUGGCGGAUAACAUUAAGGCUUUUCUCGAGUACACGGGCUAUAAGCUAUUGGCGAUCGCUGAUAAAUCCAAAGGUGGUGCCGUUUCAGCCGAGCACAUUUAUUCCAUGGUAUUUGGUCCUGCUUGUCAAUCAUCCAUCUUGUGCUGCAGCAGUAGUUUCAAUCACAACAAUGCAUCAAGGCGAUCCUCGUCCUCAACAUCAUCAUCCAGCACAAAGAAAACAACACAGCAAAUAUCACAGAGCUUACUCGUGACAUUACACAGCAUAUCAGCAUGCUUUGAUUUGAUGGGAGCGGCAUUCGUAGGCAAGCUCUUGAGUGAAAACCAUAUUGAAUGUGCAGUACAAAGGACAUGUGAAUUGCUCUCGGACCCACAUUUACGACCUGUCAAACGAGCACUCUUGGUGGAUUUACUCGAAGGUUGGCUUACUAUCAAGCGUGGAUUGGUUGCAAGUGAAUUGUGUAGGUGGGUCAGGCUGGAAAUUGAACGAUGCGAUCAACAACAAGCGGCUGCUGUAGCAACAUCUUCUUCUGCUUCUGCUUCCUCAGUACCUUUCACACGACAAUCCACAACAACUUCUUUACCGCCACUCGCUGAUAUUUUUACCCAGCUGCCAUUAGCUUGA